AUGUCUAGCUUUUGGGACUCGUUUCAAGUAUACAACCCUAACAAACACGCCAAGAGCUCCAAGAUGGGCGGCGGAAACCAUUCUAACCUAGGUUCUUCUAAUACACAGUUUAUCUAUUCCAAAGAACACCGCCCUAGUAAUGCCUCGGCUGCCAGCGAUGACUUAGCCGCCAAGGCACCUGCUGAAGGGAUGAAAGAAACCUCAAAUCUUGGCUCCAAUAUGAACUCUGAGGCCGGUACUAACCCUAACCCUAACCCUAACCCUAACCUCGUUGACGUCUCUCAACUAUCACAGGGUGAAUUUGAACGUAUAUAUAAGAAUAUGCGUAAGGGUGAGCCCAAUAAUAAGGUCAACUUCUAG